AGACAACCCACUACAUAGCAUUACACAUAAAUUUCUCAUUUCAGUCAUCAAUAUAAAAUUUAUGAAUACAUAAUGGAUUCUGUUUUAAAAAUAUCUGAGCUUCUUUAUGAAAGGUCGUUGGAAGCUACACAAUCUGUUGGAGAGUUGUUACUCUCAGUCAAAAAGGCAAAGGUAGCAUGCAGCAUAUUUACUGACACUUGUUUAUCACAUGAAAAUUGGCCAGAUUUUUUUCUUUCUCAUCAAUCAAAUGUGCUAAACAAACAAGAAUCAAAUAAUCAAAGAUUGGUUUCUGUUUCUUCUCCGCUCAAGGAAGAUGGUACAUUUCACUGUCGUUUAAUUGAUAAUUUUACUUAUAAUGAAAAGUUGUUGAAUGAUAUCAGUAAUAAAUUAUGGUGGGAGAUCAAAGAUUCUACUACCAAAUGUAUUCAACCUGUUCCUUUGAAUUGCCCUAUCUUUCAUUUUUCUACAACCUACAAUAUGUAUGUUAGAGGAGUUGUAGUUAGUUGUCAUGAAAGUCAGCAAAAUAAAUAUUCCGUUAAUUACCUUGAUUUUGGUUGCACACUUAAUGUUAAUGCUGAAACACAGUUUUUUCUGUUGCCAAACGAAUUUCAAAAUCAACUUAAAUAUCCAUAUCAGAGUUUACAUUGCACUCUUUUUGACUCAUCUAUAAAAGUGUCUAAUGUGGUUCAGCAAAAAUUUUCUGAAUUAACAACUAAUCGUGUAUUAAAGAUUGAAAUAAAAUGUACAGUAACAAUAGCAAACACAUCAUAUUUAUUGGUUGAGCUAAGAACAAUACCAGACAAUUUGAUAGUCAAUUAUGAAAUUACAAAAAUAGUGAAAGAGAAGGUUGAUGAAAUGGUCCAGAAUGAAGAAGAGAUAAAAUCACAUUCAAGCGAAUCAAAUUCUAAAGUGAUGCUGCCUAUUCUCAGUUCCCCUAACUUAAAAAAUGAUGAACAGAACAACGAUAAAAACGUUCAGAGACCUGUUGAUUUAGAAACAUUAAAUGAUUCCUUUAUUUGUCCAGCAACAAAGAAUUUAGAAUACAAUAAACUAAAUAACACAGUUUUGUCUGAACAAACUAUUUAUGAUACUUCUACAAGCAGUAAAAUUUCAAAUAGUUUAUCAGAUUUAAAAGGUAUUGAAAAAAAAGAAGCCACUUCAGUUCCAACAGUUCCUAAUACAACAACUCUUAUAAAAGAUAUUGAAAAAAAAGAAGCUACUUCAGUUCCAAUAGUUCCUAAUACAACAACUCUUAUAAAUAAACUAACUAAUAAUAUUAUUACUAACAAACCAGCUACUGAAGAUAAUAAAGUUGAUUCUAUUGCUUCAAAAUUAGUUCCACUACAAAAUCUUUUAUAUAAUUCUAUAACUCCACGUUCAAAUUCGUGGACAGAAAUAGAACUACUAAACAUAUCAAAGCUAUUAAAGUCACAAGCACUAAUACAGUUUUUUAUAUGCAACAUGCCAUUACUACAAAUAAUGCAUUCACUUAAAACAAGAAAAUUAUACCUUAAAAAAAGCAAUUUUCAGCGUGUUAAAAAAAGUACUACUGUAUACAUUAUAUUAAAAGUUAAUGAGCAAGAUUUUAAAAAUUUCUAUGUUGGCAUUGCAAAGUUAAACUUAAAUAAAAGUUCAGGUGAUGGUUAUGAUGUUGUUUAUCUUAGUCUUUCAUGUGUUCCGGUCAUAAAAUCUAGUCACAAUGUCGAUAACUUUUUGAGCAUAAAUUUAAUGGAAGCUAAAGCCAUUGUUUUACAUUAUGAAGCAUAUUUAAAAAAGAAGACAAGUAUUCCACUUUUUAAUCACAUUUAUCCGUGGUGUGGAGAUGUUUUUGCAGGAAAAACCCAAAAUGGCAUUUUAACUGAGCAAUCAUUAAAUACCAAAACAAAAUCUCAUGAAAAUGUUUGUUUACAAACAGAGAAUUCUCAAAAGCACAAUAGCAAGCCCAAUUUUGCGAUUGAUCAAAAGUUGUUUCGUCGCUGCUUGAAGGAAAACAUUGAAUUUAAUGAUUCUACGCAACAUAAUGGCUUACAUGCUGGAUCAUCUAAUCAAAUAGGUUUUGAUUCUUUUUGUGAAACUGUAACUGUAGAGGACGUGGUAAACAGCGGGUGUAAUGAAGAAUUCUUUCCACGUGCUAUUCUACAACGACCUCCAACAAUUGGGUACUACGAUCCAUACGGCACAUGGUUUCCAGAAACUCCAGUUGCUAAUAUGUAUAUCAACUCAAAUGAAGUUUUAAAUGAAUCGCAUAAUAGUUUAUCAUUCAAAUCGAACAUUGAAAAUGAUAUAACGAACAAUCAUAUAACAAAUGUGAACUUUUCUGAUUGUAGUUGGGAAGUUAAUCAAGAUGUUAAAUUUUCUAGCUGUGGAGAUAUGCAGAAUAAUAUGGAAAAUAAUAUAGAAAAUACUAGUUGUGGAAAUACUUCUGAUAAUGUGGAAAAGGAAUUAGAAAAGUUGCUUUUAUCAUCUGAUGAAAAUCAUUAACAAAAGAUCUUGUUCUGUAUUUUAAACUUUAUUGUAUCAUUUCAUAGCAUAGUACUGCUUUUUAUUUCUUGAA